AUGCCUAUCAUCAGCAAUGCCAACCACGACUUCAGCACCUACUCAAUUAGCAGUGAUGACAGCAGUCUUGACCGAUUCUUUACUGAGAUCCCGGAGACAGAGACCAUCAAGGGGGUGUACUUCCAGCGGGCCCAGCAUUUACGUGACCCGAAGGCCUCACACGUGGUAGACCACACUCUUCAAGUUCUCAUCAAUGUUGGGGGUAAUCGCUACACCUUCCCCUGGAGCACAUUGGAACAAUUUCCUCAGAGUCGCCUAGGUCGCCUGCGCUUCUGCACCACUCCUGAGGAGAUCGCACGCCUUUGCGAUGACUAUGACGAGACGUGCAAGGAAUAUUUCUUUGACCGCAACCCUACAGCUUUUCGGGUCAUCCUAAACUUCCUGGCAGCUGGCAAAUUGCGUUUGCUCAGGGAAUUGUGCGCUGUAUCUCUGCAUGACGAGCUGGACUACUGGGGCGUGGACCCAGGUCAUAUGGAGCGGUGCUGCCGUCGUCGCAUGAUCACCCGUGUGGAAGAGGUGGCCGAGCGAGAGCGCAAAGAAGAGGAAUGGAGACAGAAGAGGAUGAUGUUGAAGAAAAACACAGUAGAAGUGGAGAAAGACCACUGCAAGAUGAUCUGGAUGCUGCGGGAAGUGAUGGAAAACCCGCACUCGGGCUUGGCGGGAAAGAUAUUUGCUUGCGUCUCUGUCAUCAUGGUGCUGGUCACAGUAGUCAGCCUGUGUAUCAGCACCAUGCCAGACCUCAGAGAUGAAGAAACUAGGGGUGAGUGUUCCCAGAAGUGUCACAGCAUGUUUGUGGUGGAGUCCAUUUGUGUGGCCUGGUUCACUUUUGAAUUUGUCCUGCGAUUCAUAAACGCCCAAAGCAAGCUGGCUUUCGCUCGCGGCCCCCUCAACAUCAUUGACGCCAUCGCCAUCCUGCCUUACUACGUGUCACUGGUUGUGGACGUCAGGGACGAGUCCCAGGAGGAAGUAUUAGCGGGUGCCGGCAGAGGCUAUCUGGACAAAUUGAGUCUCAUUCUCCGCCUGUUGCGUGCACUGCGCAUCCUGUACGUUAUGCGGCUUGCUCGCCACUCCCUAGGCUUGCAAACACUGGGCCUGACCAUGCAACGCAGCAUGAGGGAGUUCGGCUUACUGCUGCUGUUCGUCUGCGUGGCCGUCACCCUCUUCUCACCGUUGGUCCACCUCGCGGAGAGCGAACUGGCGCCGUACGCCGCUACGCAUCCGCAGCACAGCUUCAGCAGUAUCCCGGCGACUUAUUGGUGGGCAAUCAUUUCUAUGACAACUGUCGGUUACGGAGACAUGGUCCCUCGCAGCAUCCCUGGACAGAUGGUGGCAUUGACUAGUAUCCUGAGUGGAAUCCUCAUCAUGGCGUUCCCCGCUACGUCCAUCUUCCAUACCUUUUCCCGCUCCUAUCAGGAGCUGAAGCAGGAGUAUGAGAGGCUUUGGAAGGAGGAGAGAGGUGAGGAAAUAGCAGCAGAGUCGGAGGAGAGGUGCUCCAAAGUCCAAUUGACGUCAAAUGAGCCCACAUCUUCAACUCGAGUGGGCAAUUUUGGGCUCAUGACAGACAAAGAUGACCAUUCUCCUCUUCCAAAUACCGCUUUUUAA